CCCCCGCCGCUGGGCGGCAUGGAGCCGUCGGCGGGCUGCCCGCGGGCGGCGCCGGGGCCCGGGCCCGGGCUGUUCGGGUGGCUGCGCGGGCGCUGCCUAGGCCGCAGCGCCGCCGUGGACCCGGCGCGGGACAGCUUCCGCGCCAUGACCGGGCUGUACGGCUCCAUCCAGCCCGCCGACUCCGUGUACCUCAGCACGCGCACGCACGGCGCCGUCUUCAACCUCGAGUACUCGCCCGACGGGUCUGUGUUGACUGUUGCUUGUGAACAGACUGAAGUGCUGCUUUUCGACCCAAUAUCUUCAAAGCACAUCAAAACUCUCUCUGAAGCUCAUGAAGAUUGUGUAAAUAAUAUCAGAUUUCUAGAUAAUCGACUGUUUGCAACUUGUUCUGAUGACACUACAAUAGCCCUUUGGGAUCUGAGAAAGCUGAACACAAAAGUGUGCACUUUGCACGGUCACACCAGUUGGGUUAAGAACAUUGAGUAUGAUACCAAUACCAGACUACUAGUAACAUCAGGGUUCGAUGGAAAUGUGAUCAUCUGGGAUACAAACAGGUGCACAGAAGAUGGAUGUCCUCACAAGAAGUUUUUUCACACCCGUUUUCUUAUGAGAAUGAGAUUGACACCAGACUGUUCCAAAAUGCUGAUCUCAACAUCCUCUGGAUAUCUUCUGAUUUUGCAUGACCUUGAUCUAAAUAAAUCUUUAGAGGUUGGCAGCUACCCAAUUUUAAGAGCUAGGAGGACUACAUCAAGUUCGGAGAUAACAUCUUCAAGUUCGUCUGCUCCUAGAACUGUUGGUUCACCAUGUCACCAGAAUGAUUCAGGUCUACUGUCUGAGAAACAGAUGUCACGGUCCUCCCAGCGAGAAGGUGGAUCACCUAGAAAUAGUCUGGAGGUCUUAACACCAGAGGUUCCUGGAGAGAGAGACCGAGGCAACUGCAUUACAUCAUUACAGCUACAUCCAAAAGGGUGGGCUACUCUUCUUCGGUGCUCAAGUAAUACAGAUGACCAAGAGUGGACUUGUGUCUAUGAAUUCCAGGAAGGAGCCCCUGUGCGCCCUGUCUCACCUCGUUGCUCCCUGCGAUUGACUCAUUGCAUUGAAGAAGCCAAUGUGGGCCGGGGUUACAUCAAAGAGCUUUGUUUCAGUCCUGAUGGCCGGAUGAUUUCAUCCCCGCAUGGCUUUGGGAUCCGCUUGUUGGGGUUUGAUGCAUACUGCAGCGAACUUGUUGACUGUUUGCCCAAAGAAGCUGGUCCCUUAAAAGAAAUCCGUUCCCUCUAUUCUCACAAUGAUGUGGUACUGACAACAAAGUUCUCUCCAACUCACUGUCAGAUUGCCUCGGGGUGCCUUAGCGGACGUGUUUCUUUGUAUCAGCCAAAGUUCUAGGCGCAUUGUGCAUCAACAGGACCUUCAGAUGUUUGUGGUUUUAAUUACUUCAGUUUAGUUGAAGUGUGUUCGAAAUCCCAUAAAUCCAGAGAAGAUCAUAGUUACUAUGGUCUCAGAACGUAAUAAUGACAUGAGUUCUCAGUCCAGCACUGUAUACAUUCUCAUACCGUAUCUGCAAGUCAGGCUCCAUGCAUUGUGUUUUUAGCCUUCUAGGCAGAACUCUGCUCCUGCUGAUCCUGUGCCAUUGAGUUCUGGUUGGUUUAUACAAUAACACUUGUGAUUAAUUUUCGGCAACAUGACUUGAAGUGGGCUAUCUGAAAAAAUGUAGAUUUUGUGCGGGUAGGAGUUCAGCUAAAACUCACCCAGGCUUCCCUGUUAUGACACCUCUUCGUUCCGAAGGACUUUUUCUGUUGCCAAAACCAUUAUACCAUGAUUGAUAAUGAACAGGUUUUGUGCAUGCUAGUUUAGCUGGCACAAAAAGACAAAAAUGUUUUCAUUUAUUUACUAAUUUGGUUAUUUGUGAUUGGCUAGGAAAAAAAAAAAGUAAACUUUCUGUAAUAUUUUGUUGUCCUUAAAAAUCUUUCUAGGCUGUUUUUCCUUAAUUGCAUAUCUUGUGAUUAUUGUUAGAAGGAAGAGGUUCUGUGUGGAGAUGUAUCUGCAUUUUUUUCCUCAGAAUUUAGUUGGAAAAGCCUGGGGCAGUGAAACAAGAGCUUAACAGAGCUAAACAUCUUGUGCUGUAUCCACUGCAAAUGAAUCAAAGAGAAUGUUUCUUACAAUGUGUAUGGUUAGUGGAUGUCUCUUACUCCUCAGUCAGUAGGGUUUCUUUUGUGGGAAGCUUUCCACAUCAGUUACAGAAACCUUCAUCUUGUGUUUGGAAAUGAACACUGCAGAAUUUCUGCUCAUGUGAAGGUUGUAUUUCCUCUAACUGUUCUACAAAUUAAUAUUAAGAGAGGAAUUCAACUAGGAAGUUUCUGUAGUGUAACUAGAUAAGUAUUUCUUCAUAUGUAUUGUCAGUAUGGGAAUGGAUUAGAAGCAUUCCAGUCUAAAGUAAGAUCUAUUUGGAUUUAACUGGGCUAAUCAUAAAAUCUGAAAAAUGUUAAUGUUCACUAUUAAAUCACAUAUGGAGUUAUGAAUGCCAAGUUUUAUCCCUCAAGUUCAUCACAAAAUCCCAGACUGGUAGAGGUUGGCAGGGACCUUUGGAGGUCAUCUGAUCCAGCCUUCCUGCUUGAGCAGGGCCAUCCUACAGCAGGUUGCCCAGGGCCAUAUCCCAGAUGGCUUUUGAAUGUCUCCAAAGGAGGAAGGCUCUAAAACCUCUCUGGGCAACCUGUUCCAGUACUCAGUCAACCACACACUAAAGUGUUUCAGAUGUUUUGAGGGACACUCUUAUGUUGCCAUGUGUGCCCAUUGCUUCUUUUCCCAGCACUGGGCACUACCCAAAACAGCCUGGCUCUGUUCUCUUUACACUGUCCCUUUAGAUACUGAUGAGAUCCUUCCUGAGCCUUGCUUUCUGUAGAUGGUCCCAGCUCUCUUAGUUCCUUGUAAGACAGAUGCUUCAGUCCUUGAAUCAUUUUUGUGGCCCAUUGCUGGACUCUCUCCAGCAGCUUCAUGCAUCUCUUGCCCUGGGGAGCACAGAACUGGACACAGUGCUCUAGGUAUGGCCUUACGAGUGCUGGAGAGAGGGGAAAAGGAUCACCUUCCUUGAGCUGCUUGGCAAUACAUUGCCUAAGAUAGGCAAGAGUACAAGUGGCCUUCUUUACAGCAAAGGCUCAUUGCUGGCUCAUGUUCAACCUGACGUUCACCGGGCCCCCUAAUCAUUUUUCUGCCAGGCUGCUUUCCAGCUGGGUGGCCCUCAGCAUGUCCUGGUGCUUGGGGUUGUUUCUCUCCGGGGCAGGACUUGGCACUUCCCCUUGUUGAACUCUGGGAGGCUCCUAACCCAACAGCACAUUUCUCCAGCCUGUAAAGGUCCCUCUGAAUGGCAGCACAACCCUCUGGCCUAUCAGCCACUCCUCCCAGUUUUGUCAUCUGCAAACUUGCUGAGGGUACAUACACUCUGCCCCAUCAUCUAGAUCAUUAAUGACGACAUUAAAACAGGACUGGACCCAGUAUUGACCCUUGGCAUACAGCACUAGUCACUGGCCUCCAACAAGACUUUGUGCUGCCUUCUGGGCCUGACUAUUCAGUUGGUUUUGUAUCCACCUCGUUGCCCAUCCCACCCAUACAUCAGCAGCUUCGCUAUGAAGAUCUUACGGAGGGCAGUGCCAAAGGGCUUACUGAAGUCCAGGUAGGCAAUGCCCUCUGCUCUUCUCUCAACCAUCAGGCUCGUCAUUUCACUGUAAUAUAGCUAAUCCUGUGCGGUCAUUUCAGUCUCUUAUGUGCAUAUGAGUUUAUCACAUAAGUGUUCUAAGAUCUUUUGUGAAUAUUUAACUAAGAUUUUGCUGACAAAUCGUACAAUGAUUUCAGUAGCAAGCUUUACCCUAAAAGGGCUGUCAUUUUGUUAUUCAGAUUCACUUUCUACUGAGCAUGCUUUCAAAGAUUGUCUCUUAAAAAGCCUUUUUGCAAAAAUUCAGCUUGGGUGGAAAGGAGAUACCUGCGAAGACAGUUGGAAAUGUAUACACCUGAUGAUUCUCUUCAGGUUUUGAAUUUCUGAAGGUAGCAUACUCAGGGUGGUAGUGGUGAAGUCAUUGAAACUUAAGGCACUUAAGGCUCCUGUGCAUUAUGGGCCUGUUAGAACAGGUCCAGAGGAAGGCUAUGAGGAUAGUCAAGGGCUGGAGCACCUCUCCUAUGAAGACAGGCUGAGGGAGUUGGGAUUGUUAUAGAAUCAUAGAAUCAUAGAAUAACCCGAGUUGGAAGGGACCCACAAGGAUCAUCAAGUCCAACUCCUGGCACCGCACAGGUCUACCCAAAAGUUUAGACCAUGUGACUAAGUGCACAGUCCAAUCGCUUCUUAAAUUCAGACAGGCUUGGUGCAGUGACUACUUCACUGGGGAGCUUGUUCCAGUGUGCGACCAACCUCUCAGUGAAGAACCUCUUCCUGAUGUCCAGCCUAAACUUCCCCUGCCUCAGCUUAACACAGUUCCCGUGGGUUCUAUCACCGGUGAUUACGGAGAAUAGGCCAUCUGCCUCUCCACUCCCCCUCGCGAGGAAGUUGUAGACUGCGAUGAGGUCCCCCCUCAGCCUCCUCUUCUCCAGGCUGAACAGGCCCAGUGCCCUCAGCCGCUCCGCAUGUGUCGUCCCCUCUAGGCCCUUCACCGUCUUCGUCGCCCUCCUCUGGACACUUGUUCAGCCUGCAGAAGAGAAAGCUCCAGAGAGACCUUAUAACAACUUUCCAAUACCUAAGGGGACCUACAGCAAGGCUGGGGAGGGACUCUUUCUCAGGGAAUAUAGCAAUAGGACAAGGAAUAAUGGCUUUAAACUCAAAGAAGAUAGAUUUAGAUUAAGAUAUAAGGAUGCACUUCUCUACUCUGAGGGUGAUGAGGCACCAGCACAGGCUGCCCCGAGGAGCUGUGGCUGCCCCAUCCCUGGCAGUGCCCAAGGCCAGGCUGGAUGGGGCUGGGGGCAGCCUGGGCUGGUGGGAGGUGUCCCUGCCCAUGGCGGGGGGGGGGGGGUGGGAGUGGGUGCUCUGUAAGGUCCCUUCCAACCCAAACCAUUCUGGGAUUCUCUGAUUCUAAAUUUUUGGUGAAUUUAUUUAGUAAUAAAAAGCCUUCAGUAAUAGGUAUUUGAUAAUUUGAGGACUAAUCAAUUACUCCUGCGCUGGGUUUUCAGUAGCUCUAGCAACUGGGUGCUAAAGGAGUACCUUCAAGUCAUCAAGUAUAUGAAACUCACAAAAUUCCUAUUAUUUAGUAAGUGUCCUAAAUUUUCAAUUCUCAUGGUUUUCCAACUGAAUCAUUUGGCAUUAGUGUCUAAGUAGAAUAUCAUCCCAGCUGGAGGAGGAAGAAUACACUCAAUUAACUUCACAUGCAGAUAUAUGCCCACAGACUUCUCAGAUAGCAAGUCAUGCUUUGGAAAAUUUUUAGAUAUAUAACUUCAGAGCAAGUCUGUUGUAGCUGAAACUAUUGUCUUGAACUCAAAAUUACACUGAUGAAACCAUAAAUGGGGAUAUGCCUUAUUUUCCAAAACAGCAUCACUCUUAGUUUUAAACACUCGUACUUUUUGAAUGCUUCUGGAACACAAUUCAUAAGCAUUCUGUCCAUAUAUGCGGUAGAAAUCUUACCUAACUCUUCUGAUUACAUUUGUGGUAAGUUUGAACUAGAAGAAGUAGAUAAAAUUAGAUUUUGGUUAUUUGACUACUCCUUUUCAACAGGACUUGGAACUUUUCAGUUAAAGCUAAUAGAUUUUAUCUGUAAAUUUCAUAAAACACUUAGUGAAACACUAUUCCAUCACUUAUAACUGAAAUGCCUUGCAGUUACAGUUUGGUGGAAGGACUGAUUUACAGGUUUUUUUGUCUUUCUAAAUCUUUAUAUUGCCUUAUUGAAUUACUGAAGUAAUUCAAUGAGCUUUGGAUCUUUCUAGGUAGCCCAAAAAAAAAAAGUUUAUGUUAUGUUUCAAAAGACAAAUUCUUAACCUUGCAUCCUUAAAUGUCUUAGGGACAAAGCUGUAUAAAACUUAAAUGGUAUAUUAAAGACUGCACUAACAGUAGUGGCUUAAACCAGUGUCUGUAAACUUUUUGACCGUUCAAGUGUUAAAUCACUUGAUGGAUUUCAUACUUUUUCUAAUGAAGAUGGAGCUCUUCAAUUGUAAAGCAUGCAAUAUGUUUUUUAGAAGCAUGGUUUCAUAUUCAUUGAUUUCCAUAGUAAAGUAAUUCCUUCUUUCACAACAUAGCUGGUCAGCAGAAGCAGAUAAACUGCAUAACUAAGAUCUCCAUGGGAAUGUCAACUUUCAGCAGUGUUCACAGGAACCAAACAGUUGUUUGAAGCUAGCACUCCUUUUGUAAUAGUCCAGUGACUGUAUGUUGUGGGAGUAAUUGCAUUUUCCAAGUAUUUCAUUGGAGGUCAGUCUUUACAUCACUGUAGCACCAUUAUGCAUUUGUGGGGAGAGGGAGAGAAACUAUUAAUGGGACUAUAAAUUGACAUUCAUGUAUGUGCAAUUUUUUGAUGAAGUACAUGUGUGUAUUUCAGUGUAUAUACAGCCACUGGGCAUCAUUCAAACAUGGUUAGUUCAGGGAAAAAUGUAACCUCCCACAGAAUUAUUGGGGAUAGGGGGAAAAGCACACUUGAUACCCACAUACGCAUUUGUUUGCACUCUUUGACACUCAGUAAAGACAGCUUGCCCGCUACCAGAAUAAGAAUGUAAAGAUUUUUUUUUUUUGUGGGUUUUGUUGUUUUUAAUUUGGGUAACACUGAUGUAUAAUAUAUAAUAGGUCCUGAUACCAUAAGUAAUGGGUCUGUUGUUCUAUGAAAUACAAACCCUUAGCAAGAAGAAAUAAACUUGCCCUAUGGAAGCUUUUUUUUUUUAAAUAAAAUAAAAAAAAUUGAGUUUACAAGAUUCUAAGAAGUAGGAGUAAAAGAAGGUUGACAACCAUAAUAUUUUUGUCCUGCAGGAAAAAGAAACUUAUAAUUUCCUGAUCUUAGUCGAUGGUGCAUUUUCUUACGCACUAAGUAUCUUCAUUUAAGUGUAAGGUUUUUAAUACUAGAACAAAUUGUGCAUGUAAAUAUUUUGAAAUACCUGAGAUUUCAUAGUAUGAAGUGUAGCCUUUUAAUACAAUACAAAAAGUAUCAGAACUGCUCUGAAUAUAUUGUACUUAGAGUUGUACAGUAACUUACUAUUUGUGAACAAUUUCUCUUGCUUGCAUAAUAAAUUAAACAUUUAAUAAUUCAGUGAAUUAAAAUCUAUUUUAAUGUAUUUAUCCUACACUGAGCUUUAUUCUGUAACACUCAUUGCUUCUUGCAUAUUAACUUGAACCAAGAGAGAAAAAAGUGCUUUAGAGUGAAAUCUGCAUACACCCAUCUCCCUCUACUAGUUUCUUUGCUUGAGCACAUUUGUGGGAAGAAACAGCUCACUCCUGAAGCCUAGAAAGCAGGACAUACAUUGAAGCUAGAAUGAUAAUAACAAACCUAAGUGUUGCUGAGCAAUCCAUUGCCUGAGCCAUUACCCCUUGGGUAGAGCGACUUCUCUUCAUACCCUUGAAGGCAGCACCCCAAGAGCAUUGCUGCUCUUGUAAAAUGUUGCUGAUGGCGUUGUGCAGUGGUGAAAGGCCACUGCGUGCCCCCAUUGGAGAGGAUAAAAUUGAAACCUGGUUCCCCCACCUUGGUCAGGGACAGGUGUGCCUGAGCAGGCCCGCGGGCUGCUCUUGUGAAGUGUCAUGACUUGGCAGUCAUGCUUCCACUUGUGAAAGCUGGCGUUCCUGCAAAGCCACUUACCAUUAAGCACAAUGAAAACAGCACCUGCAAGAAAAAAAAAAUGCUAUUUCUGCCUCAGCAUCACUUGUGGCACAGACUGCCACUUUGCUGUAACACAUGCAAGAGGCACAGUGCCUUUGCUCAAUAUGAUCUUGAUUUACAACUAAGAACUGGCCAAAUCUAAGACACAUGGAAUUGCUGAGACCUAAUUUGCCUAGAAUAGGUGUACCAGGUAUUCAGAACAGAAACAUGCCUCGGGGACAGAGGAGUUUUUAUAAUGUUGUUCUGUGCUCAAGCUAGUUAUCACCAAAGGUCUCGCUAUUAUUCUGUCACACAGCAGUAUUCCCAUUAUCAUCGGUAGAAUUUCCUUUCCCUCCUUCAGCUGGAAAUGAUCAUUGUAGUGCCCCAAGAACAAUGGAGAAGCUAGUAACCCUGGGCUACACACAACACAACACACAGAAAUGCUGCCAGCUCAUGAUUACUCUGGAGAUGCGUGUCAGCUCUACUCUUAAAUUCUGAUGUGGAAUUCAGUUAGCCUGGUUAUAAUCAGUUUGUUAAUAUUUGAAAACAAACUUGAAACUAGCUUGAACCAAUAUGUUCUUAGUUUAGCCGAACCACCGUAGCUCUUUCCGUGCUGUUUUCCAACACUGGCAACACAUCCUAUUCCAUCUCACUCUAACUGGUAUGUAGACUUACUGUGCCAAAACUCACUGGACCCCUCUCUCUUCACUCCUUAUGAGUAUCUCUCCUCUUAUACAAGAAAGAUCUGUAAUUUGUUAAACAUAGAAUUACUUUGUGUUGUAAAACUGGUAGUACUUAUAAAACAAAGGAAAGAUUAUACUUGAACACAGUUCUACUAUGAACACAUAUAUUUGAACACAGUUCUACACACUCUCACCAUGUUCAUUGAACCAUGCCACAUAAGCAGAGACAGCAACAGAUGUGCAAUUGUUUUUUGCUGCAGUAAUGAAUACCACCAAUUAGUGGCAGGCUUACGUUAAACUCUGAGGUUCAACUCUUCAAAUUCCGCAACAUUAAGAGAAGCAUACAGUAUCUUCCACAGGACAAACAGGAUACGCUUUUUUUAUUCCAUCAAGGAGUGAUUACAAAAAACAAUACACUGGUAAAAAUCAGAUUCUGCCACUAACAAACAUUCAAUAAACAUUUUAUUUCAAUGCAGAUAACCACAACAUUCAGAUAUAGCACUGUGCCAGGCUCUUUUUGACUGUGAAGCUACGGAGUAUAUUGUGAUUACAAUCAUAACACACUGAUUAAAACCAGUAUUUUAAGACAGUCUAGCAAACAAGAAAAGUAGUAGCUACUACAAAGUUUAUGAAAAGAACAACUUGGGAAAGUUUCUGAAAGCUUUCUUGCCCUCCCUCUUCCAAAAAUUGAUGGUGGCUUUAAAUAUACAGUUUAAUGAAAAGAAGUCCCCAGGAGAAUGAAACGCUUUUCAUUAAGACUCUCCCCUGGUUUACAAUAACCAUGCUUAUCCCUCUCCUGUCCUUUUCCCUAAGGACUGUAGUCUAACACAUCUCAACUUCCAAGGCUGUAAGACACACAAUACUGCACACUUCUGUAAAUCUUUAACAGCACUUGCCUACAGAAGUCUUUUAACGCUUCUCCAAGUGCUGCAUCUUUUCUACUUAGCUGCUUCUCACACAAACUUUGUCUGCCUUCUGGUAUCUUCUGUACCAUAAUCACAGACUUCACCAAUGCGGGUUAUGACCCAGAAAUUUUAUCUUCUCAGUGUUGCAGUACAAUUCUGUCUUACAGAACUGUUAAGUGUACACAUUGGAGACGGAACUCCAAUUUUCAGGUAAAAAAAAUACCUUCUUGUUAUCAAUUAACUCAUAGCCCAAAUGAAAAAUAAAAGUAAUUUGCAAAAGACAAGAUACCUUAAGUACAGAAAAGCUGUUCCUGACCUACUUCUACAACAAUGGGAAGCUUAACUAUUUCACAAAAUUUCACAAAAAGAGCCGUCUUCUUUCUGGCCCCAUAGCUGUAAAACAACAGAAAAAGAAGUAAUGCAAAAAAAAAAAAAAAAAAAAACAAACCACAGAACAAUCUCCACAUUUACAA